AGACCCGAAUAUGUCAUGUGCACGAGCACAGCUUUUGGGUCCGAAGAGGGACAACCAAUAGCUGCUCUUUUUACUGAAAAUUUGGCAACGGCUCUUUUCCGGGUCUGUCACCGUAGCAACGGUUUGUUGUCAGAGAAAGUGCGCCACCGUUUAUCGCAAAAUGAGACUCAAGAGGUUUCUUCUAAGAUAUUAUCCACCAGGUAUAAUUCUUGAAUAUGAAACAAGAGGCUUUUUGAGGACCAAAUCAAUCGACCUUUUGGAUUUGACACUCAAAACCAACCCUGAUGAGUUACUGGAAGAGAUCAUGCAGUCAGAGCCUCUAAUAACAGUGUCCAGGGGUGAGCAAGUCAAAAAGCUCAUCAUUCGUCUUCAACAGAAACAGAGGCAGCAGGAUGACCACAAGUUCUGUUUUUCUAAGGAGCUUAAAGCACACAUACUACCUCUGACUAAUGUUGCUUUUGACAAAUCAGGGUCAAGGUUCAUAACCGGGAGCUAUGACAGGACAUGCCGAAUAUGGGACACCACUUUAGGCACGGAGCAGCACACACUGGAGGGUCACAGAAACGUGGUGUAUGCAAUAGCAUUCAACAACCCAUUUGGGGACAAGAUCGCCACGGGUUCUUUUGAUAAGACCUGUAAACUGUGGUGUGCUGAGACGGGCAAAUGUUUCCAUACAUUUCGAGGCCACAUGGCAGAGAUAGUGUGUCUGGCUUUCAACCCUCAGAGUACACUAGUGGCCACAGGCAGCAUGGACGCCACCGCCAAGCUGUGGGAAGUGGAGACAGGGCAGGAGGUGGCCACUCUCACUGGUCACACUGCAGAAGUCCUCUCUUUGUGUUUUAACUCCAUCGGCAAUCAGCUUGUGACGGGCUCCUUUGACCACACGGUUAUUAUUUGGGAUGUGGCUUCAGGAAGACCCGUCCACACAUUGAUCGGCCACCAGGCGGAAAUCAGCAAUGUUCAAUUUAACUGGGAUGGCUCGCUCAUAGUCACAGGUUCCAUGGAUAAGACGGGCAAGGUGUGGAAGGCAGGUAGUGGCAAAUGUGUGGCCACGCUUGUCGGACACAAACAGGAGGUGCUGGACGUGUGUUUUGAUUUACGGGGUCAGCUCAUUGCCACGGCCUCUUCAGAUGGCACAGCCAAAUUGUUCAGUGCGUCCACACACCAGUGUCUUACUACGCUGGAGGGCCAUGAAGGAGAGAUCUCCAAGAUCUGCUUCAGUCCUCAGGGCAGCAGAGUUCUGACUGCCAGCUCGGACAAGACAGCUCGUUUGUGGGAUGUCCAAUCCGGAGUUUGCCUUCAAGUCCUGGAGGGACACACGGACGAGAUCUUCUCCUGCGUUUUUAACUACGAAGGCGACGCCAUCAUCACAGGCAGCAAGGAUAACACUUGCCGGAUCUGGUACUGACCCCCCUUCCCUGGAGGCGGUAGACUGCACGCAUGGCUUCACAUGGUGUUGUGCAUGCAUGCGUGCCAUUGUGUUGAUGGUGCAACUUUUAUUGGUGGUCGAGCAGCCGAAACCGCAUGUGGUGUUACAACAUGCGGCAUACGUGACAUUGAAGUGUUCAUGGAAACGAUGCAUGCAUUACAAGUUUUGCUGUAAAUACGCAGCUUUUUUUUUUUUUAAAUUGACAUUUGAUUGAAAACAUGUAUGAAUUAAUCAUGAUGUUUCAUGGUUGAAUAGACUGAUAGUCAAAACACAUUCAAGAUGGAAUGAUACUCUACUCAGUACUCUAGAGUACUCAGUACUCUACAAGAAGCAAUGAAGUCUGUAAAAUUAAAUAAUGAAAAAAAAAUCCAAAAAUUGUUACAACUAUAAUGAUGAAAAUGGCAUAGGCUCCAAUGAAAUGUUACUUGUUUUUGUUCACUUCCUGCUUUCCUAAUAUAGUUUAAGUUUUACAUUUUAAAUUUUGUUACAACUAUAAUGAUGAAAAUGGCAAUAUUAAUGAUGAUUAUAAUAAUGGUGAUAAUAAUAAUAAUAAUGAUAAAGAUUAUAACAAUAAUGAUAAUAACAAUAAUAAUAUUACAAUGAUAAUAAUAACAGGAAAACAAGACUGUGGCAUGAACAUGAUUAUAUCUUGCAAAAAGGGGUAGGCAUUUAUAAGCUUUUGCUUCAGCCAAAAACAUGCUAGGUUAAUUGUCCAUAGGAAUGAAUGUGAGUGUGAAUGGUUGUUUGUCUAUAUGUGCCCUGUGAUUUGCUGGCCACCAGUCCAGGGUGUACCCCGCCUCUUGCCCAAAGACUGGGAUAGGCUCCAAUGAAAUGUUACAUUUGUUCACUUCCUGCUUUCCUAAUAAAUUUUAAAUUUUGUUACAACUAUAAUGAUGAAAAUGGUAAUAUUAAUGAUGAUUAUAAUAAUGGUGAUAAUAAUAACAACAAUAAUGGUAAUAAUGAUAAAGAUUAUAACAAUAAUGAUAAUGAUAAUAACAAUAAUAAUAUUACAAUGAUAAUAAUAACGGGAAAACAAGACUGUGGCAUGAUUAUAUCUUGCAAAAAGGGGUAGGCAUUUUUUUCCGGGUACUCCGGUUUCCUCCCACAUUCCAAAAACAUGCUAGGUUAAUUAGCGACCACAAAUUGUCCAUAUAUAUAUAUAUCUAUAUAUAUAUCUAUAUAUAUAUCUAUAUGUGCCCUGUGAUUGGCUGGCCACCAGUCCGGGGUGUACCCCGCCUCUCGCCCAAAGACAGCUGGGAUAGGCUCCCAUGAAAUGUUACAUUUGUUCACUUCCUGCUUUCCUAAUAUAGUUAAUUUUAGUUAAUUUUGGGAUAGGCUCCAGCAUCCCCCGCGACCCUCGUGAGGAAAAAGCGGUAGAAAAUGAAUGAAUGAAUAUUGGGUAAUACGACUGUAAAGAUGACUAUAGGGGUGUUAUUUCAUGUCUAGAGGGCUCUAAUAUUGCUUAUUGCUUUAAAACCAUAUUUAGGAAGUCAGGUUUUCUAUGUUGUAACUAUGAAAAUAUUCAAUUUAUAAAUAAGGAAUUCUACUUAAUGGAAAUUCACUUAGCACGGUCGGGUCUGAAACCAAUUAUCCGCGUUAAACGAGGGAAUCACUGUGCAGUAUCGUGCUGAGCAUCUGGCGAAUGAAUUGCUUUCCAUGUGCUAUAGUCUAUGGUUGUUAUUGUAUUUCACAUCUUUGGAGAAUAUCUGAGGUGUAGAUAUUUUCGUCAAAUAAAAUAACCGGAUACUUAAAAGUAUAUCUCACAUCACAGAAUUUUUAUUGAUGUCAAAAGAUAAAUACAUUCAGUAAUACGAUGACACUUGACAGCUGAAUCGUGUGCUUCUCUUUCCAAUGCCAAAUGUAACACAAGAGAACCUCAAAGCAGAGAAAGAAACACACUGAAUUCACGUACAAAUUCAACAUUACAAAUCUUACUCCGUCCGUUACUCCACCGUGCAGCAGGUCCAAAGUGUCUGUGUGUGUGUGUGUAUAUGUGUCACAGUGGUAUGACAAUUUUGGCCACCCCUGAUAAUUUUCAAGAUUUUCCUUUAUAAAUCACUGAUUGUUGGGAUCAGCACAAAAUAAGAUUAAAAAUAAAUAAAUCAAUAAUAAAGAAAAUCAAUCAAUCAGUAAUAAAUAAAUAUAAUAAUAAUAAUAAAACGGCAAAUAAUACAAACUUAAGAAACCACAUAUAGUUGGUGGGUAGACAAAUUAUUUUUUUCAGAUUAAAAUGAACAAAGCAUUAUUAGAGCCCUGUAGACAUGACAAAACACGACUAUAGUCACAUUUAUACUCUUUUUAUUUACAACAUAUUGCGCAACUGCAACUGUCUUGAGACACAUGCUAACUCGCAAACUAGAGAGCUAGCGACCUAAACGGUAGCCUUCAAGUUAUUUCCUUUAAACUUAAAUAGCCAAAAACUUACCACUUCCACACGGAUAGGGAGGAUAACUAUUAACAGUUAUUUAACCUUUAACAUUAAUCAAACGUAAUAAUUUUUUCUGGGUACAUGAUACCAUACAGCGUCCGUAUCAAACAUUAAACUUUCAUAUCAAGGCGGGGGCCUCAAACUAGUGUCCUGCGGGCCGCAUUUGGCUCGCGGGCCUCAUGUUUGAGACCCCUGCUAUGAACUUUAUUUCACUUCUCAUCUAUCAGUGUUCAUCUGUUAUAUGAUAUACGUAUGAUCACAACAAGCGGUGAUUUAUAAAGGAAUAUUUUGACAAUUAUCAGCGGUGCCCAAAUUUUUCAUACCACUGUGUAUAUAUUAUAUGUAUAAACACGCAUACACACACAUACAUAUGUGUGUACUGUACAAGACAACAAUGUCAAAUAUUAUCUGGAGUGACGUGAUCAGAUUCUUAAGGUGACAACAAGGGUGUUUUUAUCAGUCAAUGAAUACAACAAAUAUAAUCAACUACCGCACCUGAUGUUCUAUUUCCUAUGCGUACUUUCAUAAUAAACAUAUGAAUACA